CUACACUUUCCACGGGGAGAGAGAGAGAGAGAGAGAGAGAGAGUGGAAAUGGAGAGCCCGGUGGCGAAGUCGCCGCGGAGCCCGGAGGCGGAGAUCGGUCACCGGCUGGAAGAUCUGUGGGACGUGCAAGAGCCUCAACUCAGUCCCUCCGAGAAGCUCAACUCCUGCUUCCAAGACCUCCCCGUUUCUUCCUUCCCUCCCGCACCGUCGUCCGAAGUUAUUGAGAUUUCUUCAGAUGCAACCCUAUCUGCUGCGGUGGAGAUACUAUCCAAACACAAGAUCUUAAGUGCACUGGUAAGGAAUGUGGAUGCACCUGAAGAUGCUAGUUGGAUAGAUAGGUACAUCGGCAUUGUUGAGUUUCCAGGAAUUGCUGUAUGGCUUCUACAUCAGUCUGAAGUUUCAGUACUCAGGAUGAAGGCUGCAUCAGCUGUGACAGGAUUUGAGGUAAGUGAACUGGCAGAAGUUACCAAGAUUGGUGGCACUGAUGCUGCUUCUGAAGAUGUAGCUGGUGUUGCUGCUGCUACUGGGCCUGCAAAUUUUGUCCCUGAAGCUGUUGAUUCAACGGGCGGUGGCUUCUUUGAGACUCUCACUUCUUCAGAUUUCUACAAGAAUACCAUGGUUAAGGAGAUUGCAGGAUCCUUUAGAUGGGCACCCUUUCUUGCUAUUGAAAACUCUGACUCUUUCCUUACCAUGUUGUUAUUACUAUCAAAGUACAGAAUGAAGAGCCUUCCUGUGGUUGAUCUUGGUGCAGGGAAGAUUGAAAAUAUUAUUACACAAUCUGCCGUGGUUCACAUGUUGGCAGAAUGUGUAGAUCUUCACUGGUUUGAGAACUGGGGUUCUAAGAAAUUAUAUGAGUUGGGUCUUCCUGCUAUGAAGCCUAAGGGGCUGAUUAAGGUUAGUGAGCACCAACCAGUUUUAAAGGCUUUCCAACUAAUGAGAGAGAAAGGAAUUGGAGGGCUUCCAGUUGUUGAUCAAAGUGGAAACAAGGCAAUAGGAAAUAUAAGCAUCAGAGAUGUGCAGUAUCUUUUAACUGCCCCCGAGAUUUACAAUGAUUACAGGUCAAUCACAGCUAAAAAUUUUCUCACUGCAGUAAGGAAUCACUUGGUCGAACACGAAGAAGCCUCGCCCAUGCUACAUGGUGUGAUCAAGUGUAAUAGAAAUGAUACGCUCCAAGAUGUCAUUUUGAGGCUGGACACUGAGAAGAUACACCGGAUCUAUGUGGUCGACGAGGAGGAGAAUCUUCAGGGAGUAAUCACACUUCGCGACAUCAUCUCCAAAUUGGUCCAUGAGCCACACCGUUAUUUUGGAGACUUCUUUGAUGGGUUUGUACCAUUGCCAGCGAAUAGCAGGGUGUGAAAACGUACAGAAGCUCGUUUUUUAACAUAAUCUUGUGUCUUCCAUGGUCUGAAGCCCUCUGUCUCCACCUUCAUGUUCUCAUUUCCUGUGUAUGAUGGCAAUGGAAUCUCCCAGCUUCUCUGGACAUUGUUAGUUUUCAGCUUUUGCAACUUUGUAGCCCUGCUUCUUGUUUCAUCUUGCUCUGUAAUUAAAUUAACUUGUGAAUCUGUUUGUGUAGUUUGGGGUGGCUAGGUUAAAUUCUUCUUGUU